UAUAAACAAAAUAUUUUUUUACCAUCUAAAGAUGAGAAAAAAUUUUAUUUUUUAAAUAAAAAAUGUAUUUUUAAUAUAGCGAAAAAAUAUUAUAUUGUGCCAAAGUAACUUUCGUUAAUUAAAAAUCCAAAUUAUUUUAUAACCUUGCCUUAGUAUUACAUCAGUAUCACAUUUGCAUGAAACUUUUACGCUUUCGACAGCAUUUCUUGAACAUACACAAAAUGAGUAUUUUUACACAAAAUAUAAAUCCUAUAACUAGAAUAACAACAUGGGAAGAAAGAGAUCCAGAUUAUGAUUAUUAUCAGGAAAUAGCAAGAUCUGCAUUUGCUGAUAUGUUACAUGAUCAUGAAAGAAAUCGAAAGUAUUAUCUUGGGUUAAAAGCUGCAAUCAAUAAAAAACAUAAAGCAGGUGAAGAAGCAAAUGUUUUGGAUAUUGGAACUGGCACAGGUUUAUUAUCAAUGAUGGCUGCUCAAUUAGGAGCUGACAGCAUUGCUGCUUGCGAAACAUUUAAGCCAAUUGCAGAGUGUGCUAAAAAAAUUAUUGAGAAAAAUGGUUUUGCAGACAAAAUUAAGUUAAUUUAUAAAAGAUCUACUAAAUUAACAGUAGGAGAAAAUGGAGAUUUAUUAAAAAAAGCGAAUAUUUUAGUUACUGAAGUUUUUGAUACAGAAUUAAUUGGAGAAGGUGCACUAUCAACUUUUAAACAUGCUCAAGAAUGUCUUCUUGAGAAAAACUGUAUUGUUGUGCCAAGUAGUGGAACAGUUUGGGUUCAAGUAGUAGAUAGUUCUGUGGUAAAAGGAUGGAAUAGAAUCAAUCCAAUAACACAUACAAAUAGUAAAAGUAUUAUACUUGAUAUCCCAGAUAAUACAAAAGUUUGCUCUGGUGCAUCUUCAGUACAUGAUAUACAGCUUUCACAAUUGCCAAAGGAUUCUUUUACCUCAUUAACAGAACCAGUGCCUAUUUUCAAGUUUGACUGGACUGGAAAAAUUCCUUUAAUUUUCAAUGAAAAUGUUAUUAUACCUGUAAAACCUAUUGCUGAGGGAAUAGCACAUGCUGUUUUUAUGUGGUGGGAUUUGAAUAUGGAUAUGGAUGGAGAUAUUUUAUUAAGUUGUGCACCAGUCUGGGCUCAUCCAGAUAUACAAUCGAACAUAAAAAAGGAUCAAUGUUUUAGAAAAUUAGCCGAUGAGAUUCCUUGGAGAGAUCAUUGGAUGCAAGCUAUUUAUUACCUUCCUAACGAUUUACAUGUUUCUCUGGGAACAGAACUUUUUUUAUCUUGUUCACACGAUGAGUAUUCAUUUUGGUUUUCUCUGGAUCAUACAUACAGAAACGAAAUUGACAAUUUUAAAAGACCGAUAUGUGAAUGUUUUGUGCAUUUAGCUUUUUCAAGAACGCGUAUUGGUCAGUGGAACGAUCUGAGUAGGAAUAAGAAAUUUUUAGAAGCAUUAUCCAAAAACGUUUCGACAGAUACAGUUGCUUUAUGUCUUACUGACUCGUCACUUCUCGGUCUUUCAAUUGCGAAAAUGGGAAUAAAAAAGUUGUAUUUGUUUGAAACAAACUCGUUAUCACGAAAAACAAUGGAAAUGUUUAUAGAAAAAAAUAAUUUAGCUAAUUCUGUCACAAUUGUUGAUUCAUUAGACAAUUUACCAUCAAACAAUGAAGUUUCGCUUUUAUUGGCGGAGCCUUAUUAUGUAACUUCAAUUCUUCCAUGGGAUAAUCUACAUUUUUGGUACCUCGCGUCGAGGUAUUCACGAAAGAUUUCUCGAAUACCUCAAAGAGCUACUAUUAAAGGUGUAGCAAUGGAAUUCAAAGACUUACAUAAAAUAAGAGCACCUUUAAAUGUGUGUGAAGGUUUUGAUAUGACAAUUUUUGAUGAUUUGGUACAGUCUUCCAGUAACAAAACUGAUAGUUCUGUAGAAGCUCAACCAUUAUGGGAAUAUCCUGGUAUAGCUCUUACUUUGCCUUUUACAAUUGCGAAUUUGGAUUUCAGUGAAGAUGUCAGAAAACUAGCACGAGUUAAAUUGUCCGAAAAAAUUCCAUUUCUUGUUAACGGAUCUUGCAAUGGAAUUGCUAUAUGGAUCGAUUGGCAUUUAGAUGAUGAUAUAACAAUAACGUCUGGACCUGUACUAGAAGUCAUUCCUGGUUCCAGAGUAUCAUGGGACCUAUAUACAAGACAAGGUGUUCAUUUGCCUUACAAAAUCACACAAGUAACAAAUCAAAAUUUACUUAUACAUAAAUUUGAUUUUGAUCCUAGAGAAGGAACUGUACAAUUUCAGUUUGAAUUACAUUAAAAAUAAUAAUACUGUAUAUUUAGAAAUAAAAACAAGAAUUUCAAGAAAGAAACAAU